AUGGCUCCAGCCCUGAUUGCUGCAAUUGACUUGAGCCAACACGCAGAAUCUACAAAAGGCCUCAAUUCCCAGGCCCUGUCCUUCGUAGGCAAUGUCUCGGCUCGCAUCACUGACGACACAGUCGACCAAGCCCUAUCCCACCUGCAACAGUCUGUAGGCCGCUUCGCCAACUACCUCAAUGUCGCCUCGGUUACCUCCACGGACGACAUCGUCUCCCUGCUCGAUGCAGGCGCCGCAAAGGUCUUCGUCAACCGUGCCCAGCUCAAUGAGCUUAUGUCCAAGAACAUCGAUCAGGAGAGGAUGGUGCUGAUCCUGCCUGGAAACACCAAAGAGGAAGUCAUAGACGCAAUUGCGGGUACACAGGUUGACAUCUACUCGCAUGAGAUUGACGACAUGGCCCUGGUCGAGGCAUGGCUGAAGGAAUAUGGAACGGAUAGACCGGACGUCUUUGUAUCCUUCGCAAAACCCGACUUGGAGAGCGUCGUGAAGUUUUCGAAGCUCUCGGCCAUCCCCAUCGUACCUGCCGAAUUUCUCACAGUCGAUGCGCAGAAGGAACCCGAAGCGUUGAGCGUCGCGAAGCUUCUGAUGGCCAACGCGACAAGCGACCGACCCGACGGCUUGUUUACUACCCUUGUAACUGACGAGCGAGGCGUUGCGCUAGGGUUGGUGUACAGCAGCGAGGAAAGUGUGGCCGAAAGUCUUAGGACUGGAAGGGGGGUGUACCAGAGUCGGAAGCGGGGGUUGUGGUACAAGGGCGAGAGCAGUGGAGACGUUCAAGAACUUGUUUCUUUGUCGCUGGACUGCGACAACGACUGUCUGCAGUUUGUGGUGCGACAAAAAGGUAGAGGCUUCUGUCACCUGGCCACGCCGACCUGCUUUGGCCAGUACAGCGGUCUCUCGCGCCUCCAGAAAACACUUCAGAGCCGCAAAGCCUCGGCACCAGAGGGCUCAUACACUGCACGACUUUUCAACGACACCCAACUCUUGAGAGCUAAGAUUCUUGAAGAAGCUACUGAACUCUGCGAUGCGACAACAAAGCAAGAUAUUGCUUUCGAAGCUGCCGACCUCUUCUAUUUUGCCUUGACCAAAUGCGUAUCUGCGGGGGUGUCUUUGGAAGAUGUAGAACGCAACCUUGACGCAAAGAGUAUCAAGGUGAAGAGGCGGAGAGGUGAUGCCAAACCUGCCUUCGCAGCUCAGGCUGCAGCCACCAACGGCACGAGUAAUGGUACUACGAACGGCACUACGAAUGGCUCAAGUACCAGUGAAGCGGUCAAGGAAGCCGCUUCAGUACCUAAGAGUAAAGACGAUCCUGCUGGAUUGAAGGACGGUCGCAUUGCCAUGAAGCGAUACUUUACCGCCAAGGAAUCUCCUGAAACUAUAUCAGCUGCGUUGCAGCGACCGUCGCAGAAAUCGAGUGAAAAGAUUGUGGCCAUUGCUCAGCCCAUCAUUGAGGCAGUCAGGACAAGAGGAGAUGCGGCAUUGCUAGAAUAUACCCACAAGUUCGAAAAGGCGACCUCACUAACAUCUCCGGUUCUGAACGCACCUUUCCCCGAGGAACUCAUGCAGCUGGCUCCAGAGACCCGCAAAGCGAUUGAUAUUUCAUUUGAAAACAUCCGCAAGUUUCAUGCUGCUCAAAAGGAAGAUAAGCCAUUGAGAGUCGAGACGAUGCCUGGAGUGGUGUGCUCACGUUUCUGCCGGCCAAUCGAGAGAGUCGGCCUCUAUGUGCCUGGCGGCACUGCUGUCCUUCCAUCCACUGCGCUUAUGCUCGGCGUGCCGGCCAUGGUCGCUGGUUGCAAAAAGAUUGUUCUUGCAACACCACCUCGAGCCAAUGGCAAAGUCACCCCCGAGGUUGUCUAUGUUGCUCACAAAGUUGGUGCGGAGGCCAUUGUGCUCGCAGGCGGAGCGCAAGCUGUCGCAGCAAUGGCUUAUGGUACCGAGAGCGUGUCCAAAGUGGAUAAGAUUCUUGGUCCUGGUAACCAGUUUGUCACUGCGGCAAAGAUGUUCGUCUCAAAUGACACCAAUGCUGGUGUAAGCAUCGACAUGCCCGCAGGCCCCAGCGAGCUCCUUGUUAUUGCGGAUGCAGAUUCAAACCCAGCCUUCGUUGCUUCAGAUCUGCUAAGUCAAGCUGAACACGGCGUGGAUUCCCAAGUUAUUUUAAUCGCAGUUGGUCUCAACGAGACUCAACUUGGUGCUAUCGAAGAUGCGAUUCACAACCAAGCGAUUGCACUUCCUCGGGUUGAUAUUGUCAGGGGCGCCAUUGAGCAUUCGAUUACACUGGUGGUAGACACUAUGGAGGAAGCAAUGGAUCUGAGCAACCAAUACGCGCCAGAGCAUCUAAUCCUACAGGUCGAGGAGGCGGAGCGCGUUGCCGAGCUGGUCGAGAAUGCUGGCAGUGUGUUCAUUGGACAAUGGACGCCAGAGAGUGUCGGUGACUACUCUGCAGGCGUCAAUCACUCGCUCCCAACCUACGGAUAUGCGAAACAGUACUCUGGUGUGAACCUCGCCUCCUACGUCAAACACAUUACCAGCUCUCACCUCACCAGAGAAGGUCUGGAGAAUGUUGGCGCUGCUGUCAUGGAGCUCGCCCGCGUGGAGGAGUUGGAGGCUCAUCGACGCGCCGUCAGUCUGCGUCUUGGUGUAGCUUAA